CCAUCAGCACCCAUCAGCACCCAUCCUCCCCCAUCCUCACCCCUCCUCACCCCUCCUCCCCCAUCAGCACCACUCUUGCUGCCCCCCACCAUGCCGGCGGGGAUGAAGCCCCUGGAGAAGUUCCUGAAGAAGCAGACCACCGCGCUGACCCGGGCCGGGGGCUUCGUGGGCGGGGUGGCGGACAAGGCCAGCGGGGGAACCGGAGCGUCCCGGCGGAGGGCCAGUCUGUCCCGGGUCGUUCCCUUCUUCAGGGAGACGUCCCCUGAGAGCGGCCAGGCCCGGGAGGUGUUCAGCCCUGACAGUGAGGACCCCCCCCCCUGGCCCUCAGCUAUCGGGACCGGCCCGGUCACGGUACCAAGCAGCGCUAACAGCUCUGGAUCUGGUUCUGGAGGAGGAGACGUCCGCAGUCCGUCUCUGUCCAGUGACGAGCAGAGUUCUGAGGCCAGUCUGAUCACAGAGAGCGGUGGCAGCAGCGGAGGAGGCGGGACUCCUCUUCCUCCCGACACACCCGACAACCUGACCCUCACUGUGCUGGACAGCGUGGCGGGAAAACGUUACGUGCACUGCAAAGAAACUCUGCUGGAUGACUUCAUGUUGACACAUCCCAUCUUCCUGACAGCCGACAGGCUCCAGCAAGUUCUGCUGCAGCAAUUCACUCUGGAGGGGAGGGAGGGAGAGAGGGGGAGGAGAGGAGGGGAGACGGAGGGAGAGAGCGAGGGAGGGAUGGACGCAGCCGAGAGGAAGCAGGCGGUGCUGAACAUGGCGUUUAGAUACCUGGACACGUACAGAGAACUGCUGCAGGAGGAGGGAGAGCGCAGCAACAACUUCCCCAAGGAGCUGUACCUGUGUGCGGUUCAGGAGUUGACCCGUCAUCCUGAGCUGGUGGAGGACGUCCUGAAGCUGCAGAGAUGGGCCGAGAUCUUACACUGCCCGUCAGUUGAGGAGAAGGAGAGCAGGAAGAAGCAGGUCCGUCCUCUGUUCAGACACUUCAGACGUAUCGACGCCUGCCUGCAGCCGAGGGAGGCCUUCAGAGGCUCCGACGAGAUCUUCUGCAGGGUCUACACUCCGGAUCACUCCUACGUCACCAUCAGGAGCCGCCUGUCCUGUCGGGUCGGAGAGAUUCUGGCUCUGGUGAGAGAGAAACUUCAGUACAGCGAAGAUCAACCGGUUCUGCCCGGAAACCUCAUCCUGGUGGCUGUCACGUCCGCCGGAGAGAAAGCCGUGUUUCGUCCCAGUGAUGAAGCCGUGUUCACGACACUGGGAGUCAACACACACCUGUUCGCCUGCGAGGCCUCGGAACUGGAGUCACUGCUUCCUCUUCCUGAGGAGAUCCACUGGACGCCAGGUGACAGCAAACUCCACGACAUGUCUGCAGAGGAAGUAGCCAAUCAGCUGGUGGCGUUUGACUGGGAGCUCUUCAGCUGUGUGCACGAGGUGGAGUUUGUGUGUUACGUAUUUCAUGGAGAGCAGUCGCGCUGGCGCCCCCUCAACCUGGAGCUGGUACUGCAGCGCUGCAGCGAGGUGCAGCACUGGGUCGCCACGGAGAUCCUGCAGUGUCACUCGCUGCCGAAGAGGAUCCAGCUGCUCCGCAAGUUCAUCAAGAUCGCAGCUCUGUGUAAGCAGCAUCAGGACUUGUUGUCGUUCCUCGCCGUCGUUCUGGGGCUGGACAACCCCGCCAUCGGCAGACUACGACUCACCUGGGAGGGACUCCCGGGGAAGUUCAGGAAGCAGUUUCAGCAGUUUGAGAGCAUUGCAGAUCCCUCCAGGAACCAUAAGUCGUACAGAGACCUGAUCACCGGCCUCAGACCUCCUCUGAUCCCGUUCACACCUCUGCUGCUUAAAGAUCUGACGUUUCUUCACGAGAGCUGUAAAACGUUUCACGGUGAACUCGUCAACUUUGAGAAGAUGCAUAAAGUGGCAGAGAUGGUGAGAAUCAUCAGACGCUACAGGAGCAGUCAGCUCGCCAUGGAUACAGAGACGUCCCCCUCCCACCUGCAGACGAAAGCGUACAUCCGUCAGCUGCAGGUGAUCGAUAACCAGAACCUGCUGUUUGACAUGUCCUGCAAACUGGAGCCCAAAGACACAUAAAGAGACGACGAGGACGUUUCACCAACAUCGUGACAAACAAACUAAAAGAGUCACAAUCUUCUCGUCAUCAAAAAGAAAACUCCUCCCCCACGACGUCUUCUUCUGUUUCCUCGUUUUUCUUUUCUCCGGUCACUGAAAACCACGUCAACCUGAACCGAAACCUCUUCAUGUGCAGUCAGAGCGAUGAUCCUCACGGGGAAACAGGAAGAGGAAGCCACCCACUCUUACUUCUGACCAAUCAGACCUGAGGCGCUCUGACCUCCUGUUGAUGAUGUCGCCCCAAAGCAUGCGACUAAAACCCAAACACUGGGUCUUACAGAGUGUUGCAUUAUGGGUCGUAGAGCUGCAGUGUAGGAGGGGUGAACGAUUCCUUUAUUGGCGACUGUUUUGAGCAUCAACUAAAAGUAUUUUCAAAUAUUUUCCUCUGAAUUCAACUCUUCAAGUUUCCAACAAAUUUUCACUCUUGUUUUUCAAUGGUUACAAAUUCAAGGUUUCAAAUUUUUCAAACAAUAUUUAUUCAACGUGCACAGAUUCCGAUCCUAAAAUUCAGGGUAACAAAAUUCCGAUGAAACGAGCGGGAUCGAACAUGUGACGGUUGCAAUAACAGGAAACACUCAGACUUGUCCAGAAGUAAAAAUCUCCCAAAGAACGUUUCUGCAGAAACAGCGUUUUGAAAUUUUGAUGGUCCCACUUUUUAAACUAAAACAUUUUCACAUGAUGCUCGUCUGGAUUUAACGAAUAUUUAAAACUCUUUUUCAACCAAUAACGGACACAGAGCAGCUCCAGUUGAACCUGGGAUUGAACUCACGGCUCUGGUUCACGUCAGUGGUGUCGCUGACCUCGAGUGGCUCCUAUCAGCCGCCAUGUUUCACACAGAGCAGGCGGACACACGGUGCGUUCACUGUCGUGUCUGUGAUGGACACACGGUGCGUUCACUGUCGUGUCUGUGAUGGACACACGGUGCGUUCACUGUCGUGUCUGUGAUGGACACACGGUGCGUUCACUGUCGUGUCUGUGAUGGACACACGGUGCGUUCACUGUCGUGUCUGUGAUGGACACACGGUGCGUUCACUGUCGUGUCUGUGAUGGACACACGGUGCGUUCACUGUCGUGUCUGUGAUGGACACACGGUGCGUUCACUGUCGUGUCUGUGAUGGACACACGGUGCGUUCACUGUCGUGUCUGUGAUGGACACACGGUGCGUUCAUGGGCUCAGCGGACGGUCAGGAUGUUGGACUUUCUUCGCUGGAUGAGCGUGUAGAUGCUGGUUUUCUACCAAACGUUGUUUCAGCCUUGAGACGUCGACUCUUCUGCUUUUUGUUUGGAGACUUUAACGAUGGAAACGAACUUUAAACGUCUCCUGUGACGCUUAUGAUCAGUGUUUAAAGGACAAUUCCACUGUUUUCAUGUUUGAACUCGUUUCCUACAGAUCAAUGCUUCUCUGUUUUCAAUCCACCGAACAAGUGGUUCAAUCUUUCCUGUGGGUUUGUUCCUUCAGGCUCCAGAAUCACCGACGGAGUCAAACGGGUUGAACUCACGGGGAAAAAAGUCAAAUAUUCUCUGACAAUUUAAAGUCGUUUUUUGAAAAACUAAACAAAGGUUUUGUCUUUUGACAAAGUGAAAGUGGUCGUAAGAUGAUUGGACUGAUGAUGACGUGACAGCCAAUCAGACGGGUUUACAGGAUGACGUCACAGAUAAAUACAAACGUACGUACGAGUCGACAGGAAAACGUCUGGGAUCCAGCGUCUGUCGCAUCUCAACGACCAGUCGGCUUUUAAAGGAGAGACCCCACAGAGCUGCCCUCCCAUUGGUCGAUCCGAUGGAUGUGGGCGGGCGGAGGUGAAGAGGAAGUGAAGCUGGUUCUCGCGGCAACGAAGCACUUUUGCAGAACCUCAGGUUUAGAGACACAGAGGUUGUGUUUACUCUUGAUUCAGUUGUGUUGAUGUGUUUGUGCAGCUGAUCUCACUUCAGUCAUAUUUACUAUAAUAAUACAAGUUGUUGUUUCUAUGAUGUGAUCGUUGCCAGAGUCUGAGUCCAGCUCCGACUUUAUUUAACUUUGGUUUAUGAGCCACAGAUCGAAAAGAAAAAGAAAAGCAACAUUUCGCAGAUUUUAAAACUUAUUUGGUAAUAAGUUGUAAUUUUAUAACAAUAAUUUCGGAUAAAGUUCAUAUUUUCAACAACACUGACUGUUCGAAUAGAAAUGAGACAUUUUCGUUUUAUCUCUAAUUUAAGAAUUUAAAGUCAAAUUAACAUUCACGUUAAUUUCUUCUCUGUGAAUGAAACUACUUUUUAUUUGAAUUUACCUGGAGCCUAAAGACUCGGCUCUGGCCGUCAGUGAGAACUCGGCUGUGUCUCAGUUCCGAGGUCACAUCCAACGCGUCCUUUUGUCCCCGAGCGAUAAAGGACGUUCCUCCUCAGACCAGACUCAUUUCAGCUCCGCCUUCUUGGGCGAGCCCCAGUUUGGCCCCUGUAGAGUCUGAAGGAUGUGGCCCCUAAACCUGGACGCAGCUUUUAUCAUCCUCCAUCUGUACCAUAACAUCCUGUGAGUAGAAGCUCCGCGAGUCUGAUCCCGUCCAGAAACGAGUCCACAGACGACGUUACAGCAGAUCAGUGACGUUUGGUCUCAACAAAUUAAAGUCACGCUUGGUUUAAUUAUUUUUACUUUGCUUUAAAACCAAGCUUUUAUUUUGGUAGUUCCUCACCUGUGAUGUCACUGUUGAUUUCAAACCUCAGGACGGAAACAAACUGAAGUCGUCUGAUUCUGGACGGGACACGAGCUGCAGCACUUCUCCUCUUCGACAAAACCUGAUGUUGGACACAGAGCCUCAAACACUUUUGUUCUCAAAGUAAAACUCAGAAUUCUCAAAUUCAACAACAAAGAAUUUCAGCUGAAACUCAAACGUCAACGAGCUCGAGUUCAAACGAGCUCGAGUUCAAACGAGCUCGAGUUCAAACGAGCUCGAGUUCAAACGAGCACCAACACACGUUCAAAUCCUCGAACCAGCAGUAAAAGACGCAGACGAUGUCUCAGUCACAGCGACUCGUUUGAGAAAUAACGUGAAAUCUGUUGCUUCUGAUUUCAUCGGAGAGAAACUCUGUGUUCGAUAUCAAAGUUGUGUCGAGGCGGAGACGUUUGGACACAAAGUGUGAAACCCAGCGAAGAUGACAUCAUCACUAGUCUGCCGGUGGCUCUCAGGACCACUUCCUGGGUGUCGUGCGCGGGAUUAUGGAUCCAACCAGACGGUUCUAAUCUCAACGACCGAAACUAAACCGACAAACCCUCCGGCUUCUCGGGCCAAUCACAGCCCUGCAAUUCUGCUGGGAUCCAUAAUUUCAGGAGGCGGGGCGGCCUCCUGGGUCGAGGCCGUCCGCUCUGUCGCCUGUACGAGAAAACACUGAAAAAAUACUACGUGUAUAUAUAUUGCAACUCCUGUAAAUAGGCAAAUACUAACGAAGACUCUAUUUUAUGUAUGAGGAGAGAGAGCAACGCUAACUCAAGGAGAAAUAUUUGAUUUGGUGUUUUUUUAUUUGUGUAAGAAGUGACGACAGAACGUAACAUGAACUUUAUGAACUUUAUGAAUUGUACAGCGACGUUUCUUCAGUUGUUCUGUUGUUUUCUAUCUAAAGCUUGUUUCUGUUUGUUUUUGUACAGAAGUGGUUGUUUACAAAUCUUAAUUUCUGUUUACAUUCGACAGACGACCUGAUUGGAGCAGAGGUCUGGAGCAGAUGUCGUAUUAUAAAAUAUUCUGGACUGGUACAGCAUGUUAUUAAUAUUAUUAUUAUUGUUAUUAUUAUUAUUAUUAUUAUUAUUAUUAUUGAGGGCAAAUCAUAUCUUAAGUUCCAGAAAAUUAAGUUGAAAUAUUUUGAGAAGAAAGUUAUAACUUAAAAGUUGUUAUUUAAUGAGUAAAAUAUACUAUUAAAAUAAAGUUUUAACUGAACUAGAAAAAAAAGGCAAAUAAUUUGAGAAUAAGGUCACAACUUUACUUUUAUUACAAAGUGAUAUUAUAUUAUUGGUAAUAUUAAAAUAUAUUAUGUUUCUGUAAGAGUCAUAAUGUUUCUACAAAUUAAUCAUUUUGAGAAAAUUGUUAUUUUAUCAGGAAAAAGUUUCAGGAUGUAUUUUGACUUCAUAGAGAAAUUUUAUUAUUUUUUAGAGGCGAGGUUUGUUCUACGUGAAACUAUUAGAUUUUUACGAAGAAAUCAAGUUAUUUUUACAGAGUGAAGCUGCAGUUUUGUAAAAAAGAAAGUUGCCAUAUGAGAGAAAAGUAAAAAUGUUCAGUAUUAAAUGAUAAUGACCCAAAUUUGUAUUCAAAUUUAAAUAUUAUACUCAUAAAAUUUCUGAUUGUCCAUCUUACACUCGUAAAGUGAAACAAUUUAUUCUUAGUCUUGUGUUUGUCGUUUAUAAUUAAAUAAUAUUACGACUUUUCUUCUAAAACUAAAACCUCAUGUUGAAAAAAUUACUUUUCCCUAAUUUCAUGAGUAAAAAAACUGUACUCAUUACAUUAGUUCUAUUAAUGCACUUUAAAGUAUUGUGUUUGUUCCAUGUCUGGAAAUUCUGAAUAAAUAAAGAUUUUAAAAUAUUGAUGCCAGGUUCAACAUUUAGUAAAACAAAUGUCAUCAUUUAAACUUGAAAGUCAUUGAAAGAGGAAAGUUGACAUGUUGAUGAAGAUGGAUCGAUGGGAGACUUCUUGGUGAAGCUGAAGUCCGACCUCUGCUCCUCUGCUCUCACUACUGACACGGAAAUAAAACCUAUGGACAAUAA